UGCCACUUGUGCGACCUAUCGAUAAUCACAGUUAUCGGCAAUUGGCUUGGCCGCGAAAAGGAAGAAUAUAACAAUUAAUAUUAUUUAUUCUUAUUAAUUAGUGCCAGUGCUUUAUGGAAAUGGCCAGAACUGCUUUGUCGUUUCAUCUUGUGAAGUACCUUAAAGAAGAGGAGCAGAUGGUUUUGGCUAAUACCGACGACUCGAAUAGGGACGCUGUGAUGACCAUGUACAACAAAGCAAAAAUCACAGUGAACGACAUGCAGCGCGAGUUCACUCCGGAGGAAAAGCGGAUGCUGUGCGAGACCACCAAAGUACGGGUGAAUAUGCACAAAAUGAACUUUGUGUGGGACGUCAAGCAGCGGUUCGACAAGAAGAAGCGCCUGGAGAACAAGUCCGAGAGCUUUGUGAACCGAAUGUUCGUAAAGGCAUAUAAAAGAAGGAUGUUCCCACUGUAUACGGAUCAGGAAAUUGAGAGAUACAAGGCAAUCGCCGCCGCUCAAACCAAAAAAGACAAUAUUGUGCGGGUAAAGAUCUGGCGCCGAUCAAACGGCCUAGACGAGAGCAGUGAAUCGUCUAUAAACAUCUCGAGUAGUAGCAGCUCGGAUUCGGAAUCCGAGAAUAUGCCUCUUCUUUUCAUCGAGUCUGAUCGAGCUACGUUGGAAUCCCAAUUACAGUCCCAGUCGGAUGAGAGUAUCAUGGCCCAAUUUCUCCCGCCAGGCGUCCAACCGCCUGCCAGCCUGCCUCCCAUUUGCACCGAGUCUGGUCUAGUCUUUUUGGAAUCCCAAUCGCAGUCCCAGUCGGAUGAGAGUACUAUCGCCCAAUUAAUCCCGCCAGUCAUCCAAUCGCCAGACCGGAAACCCUUGUCAGACUUCGAAAGGGAGCAGUGUAUGGGCAUUGGCGACCAGGAUGAAGUGGAUAAUUCAGAUGUCAGAGCCGAGCCACCCACUGCCGUGGCAGAGAGGAAUGUACAUUCCCUCGAUUGGAUGGAAUUGGCAAACGAUAUCAACUCUGAGAGCCUUUCAAUGCGGACUAUUCUGCCUUCACAAAACACGGAGCCAGAGCCCUUGACGGACUACGAAUGCUUUGGUACCCAGGUGGUGGCCGCGUCUACCCAGGAUUCGGAGUCAUUCCUUUGAAGAAUUAACUAUUAAGUUACUAUAUUAAGUUUUCCUAUAUGUUGUGUAAUAACUCAUUAUCCAUUCAUUUGAAGAAAAUACUAAGAAGUUGUUAUAUUAAGAUUGCCUAUGUUAGAAGUAAUAACUUUUUUAUUAUUUGUAAACUUGAAGUUGAAGCUGUUUGUUUAUUGAUCGUGCUUUCGUUAUGUGCAGAAAUGCUUUGGCACCCAGGUGGUGGCCGCUCUACCCAGGAUUCGGUGGAGAGCCAGGCACUCCUUUGAAGAAUUAACUAUUAAGUUUUCGUCUAUGGUAUGUAAUAACUCUUUAUCUAUUCGUUUAAAGAAAAUACUAAGAAGUUACUAUAUUAAGUUUUCCUAUGCUUUAAGUAAAAAUGUAUUUGUGAAAUGAAAGUUUAAGUUUUUUGUUUAUUGAUCGUGCUUUCGUUAUGUGAAGAAAUAUAUAAAAAAUUUAGUUAAAAACAUGUCUUAAGGUAGAGAAAAUGAUAAAAUUAAUAAUAAUAAAACCUUAGGCUACAAUACGUGGCUCAAUUUUA